GCAAGCAGAAAUCCAGGCAAAGCUGAAAUUUUCCAAGGAGAUAGGCAAAAUUCAAAAUUACCGAAGGAUGGCGUUAAGGGAACAGAAGCGGGGAGUUGGGAAGAGGACCAAGCCGGAUGAGUGGGAUGCUGUAAGGACGGCUCGAUACUUAAGGGAUUUGCAGGAAAAUGAGGUGCAAACGAUGCAUUAUUUGGGAAUGGCCUACUUCGGUUUGUCCCGUCGCCCAAACUUGCAGUUGAAAGUUCCUAUGUCCACCCAAAACUAUGAACAUGGAGCGGGGGAACGAGGGGGCUUUGCCCUCCAGUUGGUCUUCACCUGUCCCGCGAAUUAUCCGCUCCAAGUGCCGCAGGUGCAGAUCGUGGAGAAGCGCAAUAUCAGCGAAUCCUUGGAGCAGGCUCUCCGCAAGGAAAUUGUCCUAAUUUUGGAGGAACAUCUCGGGCUCCAGAUGAUUGUGCCUGUAGUGAACCGGCUGCAAAUUAUGCUGAAUACCGCGGCGAAAAGGCAGCCCUCUUAAAUAAGCUCAUCCAUAAGUGUGUCUUUCCCCAUUUUAUGUGCAACAGUUUUUGUGGACAAUUCUUAGUACAAUAAAAUUUACCAUUCGU